GUAACAAUAAAAUGUAUAAAUGUGUUUCCCAUUUUGGUAUAAACCUUGACACUUCAAAGAAUGGAACGUCGGCUCCUUUAAGACCAAGCGAAACAUUCGCGACAUGAAAUCUGGAAAGACUGGUGACGAACCCUCCCACCCUCUCUUGUCUUGCGACCAAAACUAGUUUCAAGACGACCGGGCGAAAAUAUUUUUUAUUUCCCUUGAAGGAACGGAUGAUUGAGGCGUCAACUUCCCGACAUUUCCUCCGACAUCUCCCCUCUCUAGACAAAAGUUCGUGGAUCCUCCAAGAGUUUGGGAACUAAAGAUUGAUAGAAAAGCCUCCUUUUUUUCUGUAGGUGGGAACUUUGAAAACAUGGAUUGGGGGACGGAUCUUUGGGACCAGUAUGAUGGUAUUGAUAAACACACCCAGUCAGGACUGGAUCUGGUGGACCGAUAUGUGAAGUUUGUCAGAGAACGGACCGAGAUAGAACAGAACUACGCCAAGCAACUCAGAAACCUCUCCAAGAAAUACCUCAAACGAGGCAGCAAGGAGGAGCAAGAGUGUGGGUUCACCAAUCACCAGUCAUUCCAGGACAUUGUGAAUGAGCUGAAUGACUAUGCGGGCCAGAGAGAGCUAAUAGCAGAGAACAUGAUGACUGGAACCCUUUAG